GACGGAGAGAGACAUUGAGAACGAAAGCAGCUUUAAUCAGUUUGAAGAACCUCAUUUUAAAGCGUAUUGGAGCUUUAGAAACCAUCAGAGAAGCUGAAGAAGUUCGGUUCAGGAUGAAGAUCCUUCUCGUCUUCACCUUCUACCUGAUCUCAGGUCCUGCGUGCUGCUUGAACGUGAUUGGAUACUCAGGAGGCAGCGUGAUUAUCUACUGUAAUCAGAAAGAGUACGGAAAGCGUGAUCUGUAUUUUUGUAAGAACCUCCAGGCUUCGGAUCCUCAGAAGAAGGAGUGUGUGUUCCUGAAGGGAUCCAGUUACGUUAUUAGAGACAGAUUUACUCUAAUCGACUCUAAUCGAGAAUCUUUUAUAGUGACCUUCAGAGAGCUGGGGUUACAGGAUGACGGAUCGUAUCAGUGUGGUGCGAAUGGAGAGUGGAUCCGUGACCUGAACCUGAAAGUGAACUCAGAUCCAUGUUGUUUGUAUCCAAAGUCUGUGAUUGGUUAUCUGGGAGAGACCGUCACCAUCAGCUGUUCCUAUCCAGAGAAGUUCCAGACGAGCCUAAAGUUCAUCUUUAAACUGAGCAGCGAGUCGGUGGUUGUAGUGAUGAGCACCACUGAUGCUCAGAAGGACAGAUUCUCCAUGUUCGAGGACAGAAGCUCUGGAGUCGUGAAUGUGAAGAUCAGAGAUGUGAGAGAGGAUGAUGUAGGGGUUUAUUCCUGUGCUGUGUGGAUCGGCGUGAACGAUGUCAGUUAUUAUACCCUCUUCCAGAAGGUUCAUCUACAGGUAACAGGAUCUGCAGAUGCCAGCAAGAGAUCAAGAACGAAUGCUCCAGCUGAUGUUGAUUAUGAAAAUGAUCCACCUGGAGUCCAAUACAAGACCAGGAGGACACCAGACUACCAGAACAUGGAACCUAACACCCCCGAGUAUCUGAGUCUAGACCCCAGAACAUGAGAAUCAGAUUCAUUUUACCACAAUCUAAACUCCAACCAGACUUAAUCUACCAGAGCCUAAACCUCCCAACAGAUCUGAUUAAGGGUACUAGAGUCUUAAUUCCAAUAAUAAUCAAAUCAGAUUUAGUCUAUUAAGGUCUAAACCUUAAUUAUAGGUCAGAUUAAGUCUACUAGAGUCUAAAUUCAAAUCCCAACCAAAUCACAUUCAGUCUAUUAAAGUCUAAACCCCAAAAACAGAUCAGAUUAAGGCUACUAGAGUCUAAAUUCCAGUUCAACCCAAAUUCAGAUUCAGUAUUGAGUCAGAAUAUACUCUAAACACCAAUGUCAACCAGUCAGAUUAAGUCUAGCAGAAUGUUAGACUAAAUACAAUUUUCCUGUCUAAACGUCAGUUUUUUUAUUCUAACCCACACCACCAAUCAAUCGUAUUCAAUCCUCCAGAGCCCAAACGGAUCUCAAAAUUGAUUAGAUUAAGAUUACCACUGAUUAAAUUCCAAUACUAAUCCUUUAGAUUCAUUAUAUCCUCGUCUAUUUAUAACACCUACUAAUCAGAUCCAGUCUACCAGAUAUUAAACCCUGAAACCUAUCAAUCAGAUUAUAUGUGCCAGAGUCGAUUGUCUUAUAUCAACCAAUCAGAUUCAGCCCAUGAUGUCAUCGAUGAGCCUGCAUGUACUUUUUACAUUUUUAUUGAUUUUUAUAUGUAAUUAACCAAUGUAAUCGACUGUGUUCAUAAUUGUUGUUGUAUAUCCUUUCAUGUUUUAUCUAAUCUUAUCUUGUCUUAUAUUUCUAAUCCUAUCUUAAUUAUAUCUAAUAGUUCAAAUUCCAACAGGCCAAAUGUUUGCAGGCCAAUGUUUUAGAUCCUAUUGUUUGAGGGCAUCUCACUGUUCUGUAAACUUCACCUGUAUUAAUGAUUAUCUAUGAAUUAAAAAUAAUCUGCUUUGGUUUCAAAAUACCUCUCUCUUAUUUAAAAAAUAUCUAUGUUCCUGGAAAAGAUGUUGAAGUUGUGAAGUAGAAUGAAAAAAAUAAAAUAAAAUAAUUUGGUUUUCCAAAUUUUAUCCAAUAAACAUAUGUAAAAUAAAAAAGGUGUGACUUGCAAAAGUCCCCCCUAUAUCAAUACUUAGUAGAGACACCUUUUAAAGCUUUGAUACACUGAGAUUAUUUCCUCCAUUCUUCUUUAUAAAUCAGCUGAAGAUCAGUCAGGUUGGAUGGAGAGCGUUGGUCUGUGAACAGCAGUUUUCAUGUCUCUCCACAGAAGAUCAAUGA